AUGUUCUCAUCGCAACUGGGGCGCGCCGCCCGUGUCGGCACCCAGUCGGCCGGCAUCUCAACCUCUGCCGCCGCCAACCGCUCGUCGUCGGCUGUAUGCCCGACUCUUCUCUCUCGCCAACGCCGACUCUCGUCUAGCAAGGCUUCAUGCCCGCCCAACGGUGACUCGAACCGCUCGCGCCAACCUGCCGCCGCAACAAAGCCAGACCUACCGUCAACACGCCCGGCAAAGUCGCGCUCUGGCUCAAACGCGAAAGCAAACUCGUCCACUCGCAAUGCGAAGGCCACCAAGGAUGAGUCUUUCGGCAACCUGCCCAGCGUGCCUUCGACCAACCACAUCCUCCCUCAAGACAUCACCCUCUCGUCCUUCUUCAGUCUCCACCGCCCUCUCAGCUUGGGGACCGCCAUCCCGCCAGCCGCCGACAUGAAUGCUUUCAACACAAUCUUUGAGCCCAAGUCGAAACAGCAAAAGGCCAACCAGGACGUCAUCUUCACUCUUUCCAACGCCAUCAACGGUAUCGAGGGUCAGCAGAAGGACGCUGACUUGCGUUGGGAGAUUAUCCAAGAAUCACCAUCCAACUCAGACGUCAAGCACUUGGACGGCGCACCUCGCUCGACAUCACUGGAGGAACUGGUAGCACAGCUGAAGCCUUUCACCGCGCCUCCGCCGCCCGCUCCUGUCAACAUUGAGCAGCAACAGCGCAAAGCACGUGCUGCUCCUGCUCCCACCGUCAGCCAGAAGCACUUCAAAACCACCAUCACCGUCACAGAGAACAAGCGCUCCGACGGUGUCACUUUCUACACUGCCUCGGCCACUCCCCCGGAACCUGCUGCCAUCAAGGAUGCACCUUCAUCUCAGUCGCCCACUCCCUUCAAGGACCGUCUGCGAAACCGCCAGCUGGACUUUAUGGAGAAAGAGCUCGAACAACACAGAAGCGACAUUUCCAUCUUGGAAGGCGAGGACAGCAAGGGAGAUAUGCACGCCAUUUCCGUAAAGAGACAGCGCAAGCUGAAGAUGAAGAAGCACAAGUACAAGAAGCUGAUGAAGCGCACGAGAAACUUGAGACGCAGGUUGGAUAGAAACUAG